GCCUGUUCUACUGACCGAUGGAAAUCCACUGCAAACACGACCCGUUCGCAGCCAUGCACAGGCAUGGAGGGGUGAAUCAGCUGGGUGGGGUGUUUGUAAACGGGCGGCCCUUGCCUGACGUGGUGAGGCAGAGGAUAGUAGAGUUGGCCCAUCAGGGCGUACGUCCGUGUGACAUCUCCCGCCAGCUCCGGGUCAGCCACGGCUGCGUCAGCAAGAUACUGGGCAGGUAUUAUGAGACAGGCAGCAUCAGACCAGGGGUGAUCGGAGGCUCCAAACCAAAGGUUGCUACACCCAAAGUCGUAGACAAAAUCGCUGAUUACAAACGCCAAAACCCCACCAUGUUUGCCUGGGAGAUCCGAGACAGACUGCUGGCAGACAGAGUGUGUGACAAUGACAGCGUGCCCAGCGUCAGCUCAAUCAACAGGAUCAUUCGCACUAAAGUCCAGCAACCACCUGGCCAAUCAGGAGCUGUCUCUGUCCAUAACUUAGCCUCUACAGUGGCAGUGACCCAGGUAUCUGCUGUAACCAGUGAUGCUGCAGGCUCCUCCUACUCCAUCAGUGGAAUUCUGGGAAUUAGCUCACCCGCCGACGCAAACAAACGAAAGAGAGAUGAAAAAACUCAACAGCCCAGUAAUAACUGA